AAUCAUUGGUAGCCAAUCCCACUUCUUUCCUCCCCCGUCAGCCACCCGUCAAUGGUGUCAAUGUCAUGGUGAAUGGCAACAGAUAUCUUUCAAUGAAUGGAGACUCGCGUGUCAAGUCUGAGGAACCGUCCAAGAACUGCAGCAGACAAAUGGGACUUACUACUCCGGCCGAUAUCGACAAGUUUGACCACGACUCCAUUCGCCGGGCUCAAGCGAAAGCAAACCUAUCUUGCGACUAUUAUUCUUCAGAACGUCUCUCACAGCUUCGUACAUCAGGCAGCAUGAGUACUUCAUUUCUUCAUUUUCUCUCUUUACAUUCUAGGUAUCUGUUGUCAACAUUUACAGGAGUGCAGACAUGACCGAUGCUUGGAGGCCUGUAGAUGGGCGAGACAUUGGAUAGGAAUCGGCG